UGCCAAUCACUGAUUGGGACACAUUGCUGCAGUCUGUCACUCUGCUCUCUGGUACUGAAUGGGACACACUGCUGCAGUCUGUUACUCUGCUCUCUGGCACUGAAUGGGACACACUGCUGCGGUCUGUCACUCUGCUCUCUGGUACUGAAUGGGACACACUGCUGCAGUCUGUCACUUUGCUCUCUGGCACUGAUUGGGACACACUUCUGCAGCCUGUCACUCUGCUCUAUGGCACUGAUUGGGACACACUGCUGCGGUCUGUCCCUCUGCUCUCUGGCACUGAAUGGGACACACUGCUGCGGUCUGUCCCUCUGCUCUCUGGCACUGAAUGGGACACACUGCUGCGGUCUGUCCCUCUGCUCUCUGGCACUGAAUGGGACACACUGCUGCGGUCUGUCCCUCUGCUCUCUGGCACUGAUUGGGACACACUGCUGCAGUCUGUCACUCUGCUCUCUGGCACUGAUUUGGACACACUGCUGAUUGGGACACACUGCUGCAGUCUGUCACUCUGCUCUCUGGCACUGCAAUGGUUAAUGAAAGGCAGUAUUAAAGUGAG